ACUUUGCUUGCCCCGCUCAGUAUUAAGUAUAAUUGAAUGCAUUGAUAAUUUUCAUGACCUUUAGUGAAUAGAUACAGAAACAUCUUCGCAUUAAUUACCGUACUUGAGCAGCACAGUAUAAAUAAACAGUUUGUUCAUAUUUUUGAGCAAUAUCUUUUAUAUAUUUUAUUUUCCAAUCAUACAUUAAAGAUAUUUCUACGAUACCUUAAACAAUAAAAUUUUAGAUUGUUAUUUGAAAGUAUAAAAGACGGUGAAAACACUUGCUGAUUACAUAAGUGAAGGUUAGGUUUCAGAUAUAUUUUAAAGCAGUUUCUUCCAAUUGAUCACUUGCAGUUGAGGCAUUCAUUCAUAAGAUAGAAUGUUCAUUUAUUUCUUGGCAAUUCUGGGAGUUUUGCUGUAUUUCAUUUUAAAACACAAACAUUCGUAUUGGACUCGGAGAAAAAUAGUGCAGGAAAAACCACGAUUUCUUUUGGGAUCUGUUGACAAAAGGAUAUUUAAAAGUGGAAACCCAACUCAAUUUGUCAGGGACGCAUACUGGUACUUAAAGAAAAAAGGAGUUAAACAUGGAGGAAUGUAUUUAUUUUACACUCCGAUUUGGAUCCCGAUUGAUCUCAAUCUCAUCAAGCAAAUACUGGUAACGGAUUAUGAGAGUUUCUCGUCUCACGGACUUUACCAUCAUAAAAACGACUUUAUUUCUGAAAACAUAUUUACUAAAGAAGGAGAAGAAUGGAAAACAUUGCGUUCGAAUCUUUCACCGACUUUCACACCGGCCAAGCUGAAGACUAUGUACGAUAUUCUAUAUAAUUUCGGACAUCACUUGGAAGCACAAAUUGCAGACUCAUGUAGCAAGCGACAAGCAAUUAGAAUAAGAGAAACAACUGCAAGUUACUUGACUGAUGUGAUUGCUGCCUGCUUCUUUGGUAUUGARGCUGACAGAUUAAAAGAAACAAAGCGUGAAUUUGAACAUUAUGGAAAUGUGAUAACGCAACCACGACCGUUGAGGCUAUUAUUGGAGUCUCUUUUKAGCUGGAAUUUAUUGGUUUCCUUAGGGUACAAUUUUUUUCCGAAAAAAGUAACACACUUUUUUAGUAAACUUAUUAAGGAAGCAGUUGAUGCAAAAGAGAGGAACAACCUUAAAAUUAGGGUCAGAAAAGAUUAUUUGGAUAUUGUGAUGCAGCUGAUGAAAGAUGGGGGUCAUUUCAGCUUUGAAGAACUUGUAGCUAAUUCAACUUUCAUGUAUAUUGCAGGAUAUGAGACAUCAACAUCUGCCCUGUCCUAUCUAAUGUUCGAAUUGGCUAAAAAUCAAGAUGUUCAGAACAAGCUGAGAUCGGAAAUUUUAAGCAUUGGCAACAAUAAUGCCAAAGGGGAAAUAACUUACGAAGAUUUGAGUAAAAUGAAAUAUGCUGAUAUGUGCAUUACAGAAAUCCUAAGAUGUUAUCCAGCACUUCCUCAACUUCCCCGGGCUUGUACGAAGGAAUACCGAAUACCAGGAACUGAUCAAAUAAUAGAAAAAGGUACGCUGACGCUAAUCCCUAUUUGGGCCAUUCAAAAUGAUCCGGACUAUUUCCGAAAUCCUACGAAAUUCGACCCCGAAAAUAUGUCAUCAGAAAACAAGAAUUCCAAUGUUGAAGAUGCAUGGUUUGGAUUUGGAUAUGGACCAAGACUCUGCCUUGGUUACAAAUUUGCUGCGAUGCAAAUUAAAAUUGCUUUGUUGAACUACUUGAGAAACUACAAAUAUACGCUGAACGAUAAGACUCCGGAAAAUCUGACUUUUGACUAUGRUACCAUUCUUCUAUGUCCUGYUGAAGAAAUUAUCUUGGAURUUGAAAAAAUACUUAAUAUAAUAUCAGAACUGCUAAAAACAUUAGCAGUUCAGAUAUUAAGAUUUACAAUGCUAGUCUAUAUACUAAUAUCACUAAUUACUUUGCUGUAUUUUUUUUUGAAAUACAAACAUUCUUAUUGGAGUAGAAGAAAAAUAACUCAAGGCAAUCCGCGAUUUCUAUUCGGAUCAGUUGACCAAAAUAUAUUUGGAAGUGGUAAUCCAACCGAGUAUGUUAGAAAAGCGUACUGGGACUUGAAGAAAAAGGGGGCUAAACAUGGAGGAAUAUAUAUAUUUUACAAUCCAGUUUGGAUUCCAAUUGAUCUUAAAUUGAUUAAGAAAGUACUGGUAACGGACUACGAUCACUUUUCUUCUCAUGGGUUCUUCCAUCACAAAAAGGAUUCUAUGUCUGAUAAUUUAUUUCAUAAAGAAGGGGACGAAUGGAAAGUAUUGCGUUCACAUCUCUCACCCACUUUCACGCCUUCCAAGUUGAAGAAUAUGUACGAUACAUUAUACAAGUUCGGUCAUCGCAUGGAAGAGCGAAUUUCAGAUUCAUGUAAAAAGGGCCAACCACUCAAUAUCAGGGAUACAACAACUAGUUACCUAAUUAAUGUGACCGCUUCCUGUUUCUUUGGUAUUGAAAGCAAGAGCUUAGAUGACCCAAACAGCGACUUUAAACAUUAUGGAAAAUUGAUAGCGCAAUCCAGGCCGUUGCGGUUCUUAGUAGAGUCUCUCGUCAAUUGGGACUUAUUAGCUCACUUAGGAUACAGUUUUUUUCCUUGGGCAGUAAGACCAUUUUUCACUUCACUCAUCAAGGAUGUAGUUGAUGAAAGGGAGAAGAACAGUAUCAUAAGGAAAGAUUGUUUGGACACUUUAUUUCAAAUGUCGAAAAAUGGAGGGCCUUUGACUUUUCAAGAUGUUGUAGCCACUAGUACUUUUCUGUAUGCUGCAGGCUAUGAAACAUCAUCAUCAACCCUAUCAUAUUUAAUGUAUGAAUUGGCUAAAAACCAAGACGUUCAGGAUAAAUUGAGGUCGGAAAUUUUAAGCAUAUGUAAAGAUAAUGCCGAAUUAACGUAUGAGGAUUUGUCUAAAAUGAAAUAUGCUGAUUUGUGCCUGGCAGAAAUAUUAAGGUGCUAUCCUGCACUGGCUCAACUACCUCGAGCAUGCACGAAAGAAUACCGAAUACCUGGAACGGAUCAAGUAAUUGAAAAAGGUACAACUAUCCUAAUUCCUGUUUGGGCUAUUCAAAAUGAUCCGGAGUACUUCCGUAAUCCCACAAUGUUCGAUCCGGAAAAUAUGUCCCCAGAAAAUCAAAACUCCAACGUUGAAGAUGCGUGGUUUGCAUUUGGAUAUGGACCUAGACUUUGCCUUGGUUAUAAAUUUGCCCAAAUGGAAAUCAAAGUCGCUUUGGUGAAAUACCUGAAAAACCACAGAUACAAGCUAAAUAUUGCCACUCCAGAAGAACUGACUUUUAACUAUGAUACCAUCGUCUUAUAUCCGGCUGAAGAUAUUAUUUUGGACAUUGAAGCAAUUAAUUGACUCGAUCCAUGCCUAAAUUAACUAAUUGUGAACAUAAAUGACAUAAAAUGUAAUACAUGAAAAAUCAACAUGACGUUAUUGCAGAUAUGCGUCACAGAUUCUUACGGAAUGGGGAAUAAAAUUGAAUGCAAUUAA